CUAAUCGCAGUAACUUUGCAAAAUAAGUGUCAAGGCCAAGAUAUCCAGUGCAACGCAUUUCCAGUGCAUUUGUGUGCGAAAUAAAAAGAUGCCCAGCAGCGUUUAGGAGAAGCGCCAUUGAAUCCCUGAUACCCAUUCGAUAUCCAUUAUCCAUCCACCAUGUGCUGCCGGUGUUGUGGGGCAACUCAACGCAAGGUCUGGGUCUUUGGCCUGGGCUCGCUUUUUAUGGUACUCGGCAUUCUCACAGUGGUCUUCUGGCCAGAUCUGGCGGAUCAUUUGGUCGAGGAGGGCCUCACCCUGAAACCAGGAACUGAUGCCUACGACAGCUGGCUGGAGGCUCCCAUUCCCAUUUAUCUGAGCUUCUACAUGUUUAAUUGGACGAAUCCCGAAGAGAUUCGCAAUCCCAAUGUCAAACCCAAUUUUGUGGAGAUGGGCCCGUACACAUUUCUGGAGAAGCACAAGAAGGAAAACUACACCUUCUAUGAUAAUGCCACAGUGGCCUACUAUGAGAGACGCACGUGGUUCUUCGAUCCGGAGCGAUCCAAUGGCACAUUAGAUGACAUGGUGACGGCCGCCCAUGCCAUUACCGCCACCGUGGCAGAUGAGAUGCGACACCAGCGGAAAAUUGUUAAGAAGAUCAUCAACUUUAUGCUGAACACCGAGGGAGGUGAGCUCUAUGUUACUAAGCCUGUGGGAGAGUGGAUCUUCACAGGCUACCAGGACGAUCUUACGGACUUCCUGAAUCUGUUCAACACCUCCGCGAUUGAUAUUCCCUAUACGCGUUUCGGCUGGCUGGCGGAUCGGAAUGAAUCGUUGACCUACGACGGUCUGUUCACCAUCCACACGGGCACCGAUGACAUCUCCAACUUGGGCCGACUGACCCACUGGAAUGGCAAGCCGGAAACUGGAUUCUACGAUAUGCCCUGCGGCGUCGUCAACGGCACCACUGGCGACGUCUUCCCACCCAAGAUGAACGUCAACGAAGAGAUCACCAUCUUUGCCACCGAUGCCUGCCGGUUCAUGAACCUGAAACCCCAGGGAACGUUUGAAAAUCAUGGACUGACAGCCACCAAGUGGGUGGGUACAGACGAGACCCUGGACUCGGGUGAGAACUUCCCCAACCAGAAGUGCUUCUGUGAUCCAGAGAGGUUCGGCGACGAGUGUCCCAAAACCGGAGUGGUGGAGUGCAAGGCGUGUCGUGAUAAGGCGCCCAUUUACUCCUCAUUCCCGCACUUCUAUUUGGCGGAUCAGACGUACAUCGAUGCAGUGGAGGGCAUGAAACCGGAGAAGGAGAAACAUGAAUUCUUCCUCGCCGUGGAGCCAUUUACGGGUGUGCCUGUUCAGGUGCAUGGUCGCAUCCAGAUAAACAUGAUGAUUGAGCCAGAUGAUGAUUAUGACAUCUAUCGCGGCGUGCCAAAGGUAUUGAUGCCCAUGUUUUGGUUCGAUCAGUAUGCGGAGCUCUCCUCCGAACUGGCCUCCAAAGCCAAGUUGGCCAUCAACCUGUCCAGCUAUGGAGUCAUCUUUGGCUACUCCAUGGUGGGCUUUGCCAGUAUUUUCAUCAUCACCGGCGUUGUACUGACGCUAACCAAGAAGUGGGUGUGUGAGCCCCAGGAGGAUGAACAAAUGAUAAACACCAUCGACUAGGUGGAUCAUUGUUAUGAGUAGUACUUUUUUUUUAAGUAAGCAUAGCCAAAGUGCCAGGACACGAGUUAACCUUCCUAGUUCAAUCGGAUAGUCGUCGCGUUAUAUAAUAUGUAUUUGCGUCUUGUGAUAGCCAAACAAAAAAAAAACCCCCUAAUCUUAAUCCCACAAAACGAAAGAAACUAUUGAUAGUCUAAUGUACGUGCAAUACUAACCGGAAUCCACUUACCAUAUAACCAUAUUUCCUACGAGAUUAUAAUUAUAUACAUUUUUGUGUACUUUUCAAUUUUCAUUUUAUUUUUCAAAGAUAAUUUUUACACAACUCAAGGACUUUUUACUUAUCGUAUACGAUUUGCUUUUUUCUUUUUUAAUAUAAAUGCAUUAAUUCAAUGUUA